CUCAGACUCACGACUGCACCUCACUGGGCACGAACAUAGAAAGACGGGACUGGGGAAUUGGAGAUUGCGACUAGAUCCAAAAUAUUCCUAACACUGGUCUCGAGACACAAUGUAAAAUCUACGGAAACGAGCGAUUCAAACGGACCAUUUAUGUGUACCUCUGACCAUCGCUUCAUGCCAUCUACAUACUCAGAAUGGUGGUGUGUGGUCGAGGGAUUUUCUGAAAUCUUCAGAAGCUCUGGAGGUGGGGCUGUCGCUGUUCCCGACCUCAGCAUAUUCAUAUAUCUGAUGCAGCAGUGCCUCAUCCUCAUGUGGAUCCUCGAACAUCCUCCUGCAGGCGCGAAUAAACGGAGCUCGACUGAAGUAAGCGCACGCGCUUUGAGAUGUGUUCACUGACCGAGCAUACAGAACUGCAUCAAACAAGUUAAAGAUGCUCUGCCCACCAGCCCAGUGACUCCACAAAAAAGUCCACAACAUUUCCAAUCUCCAUGAUGAACACCUCGGAGACCACAACUCUUCCCCUGCCUCUCUGGGCCUUUUAUGUCAACUCCAGCCCUGUCUCCUACCCUCUCAAUGCCACAGAGACCCCAUCCCACCCUAAGCCGAAAGCAUGCGAGCAGCUCAACAUCGCCACUGAGGUCUUCCUCAUCCUUGGCAUCGUAAGCCUGCUGGAGAACAUCCUGGUCAUCUGUGCUAUUGUGAAAAACAAGAACCUGCACUCACCCAUGUAUUUCUUCGUCUGCAGCUUGGCAGUGGCCGACAUGCUGGUGAGUGUCUCCAAUGCCUGGGAGACCAUCGUCAUCUACUUGCUCACCAACCGACAGCUGGUGGUGGAAGAUCAUUUUAUCAGGCAGAUGGACAAUGUGUUUGAUUCCAUGAUCUGCAUCUCUGUUGUGGCCUCCAUGUGUAGCCUUCUAGCUAUAGCCGUGGACCGCUAUGUUACAAUUUUCUAUGCUCUACGAUACCACAACAUCAUGACAGUGCGACGGGCCGCCCUCAUCAUCGGAGGCAUCUGGACCUUCUGCACUGGCUGCGGAAUUGUGUUCAUAAUCUAUUCCGACAACACAUCCGUCAUUGUGUGUUUGGUCUCCAUGUUCUUCAUCAUGCUUGUGCUCAUGGCUUCGCUCUACAGCCAUAUGUUCAUGCUGGCCCGAUCUCAUGUCAAGCGCAUCGCCGCCCUUCCUGGCUACAACUCCAUCCACCAGAGGGCGAGUAUGAAAGCAGCCGUCACUUUAACCAUUCUCCUAGGCAUAUUCAUUGUCUGCUGGGCUCCGUUCUUUCUACAUCUCAUCCUCAUGAUCUCGUGUCCCAGAAAUCUGUAUUGCAUGUGCUUUAUGUCUCACUUCAAUAUGUAUCUAAUCCUGAUCAUGUGCAACUCUGUUAUCGACCCACUCAUCUACGCUUUCAGGAGUCAGGAGAUGCGCAAGACCCUCAAGGAGAUCAUCUGCUGCUACAGCCUUAGGAACAUCUUUGGAAUGUCUAGGUAACAUUAAACCAGAGCAAGAAACAUGAGAGAUGCAUUAUCAUUUCACAGGAAUUGGGAGAAUCUUUAAUUUUAAGUCUUAAGUGCAGAUUGCCCCCUGUUACGCUUGAUCUAGAUGAAAAAUGACUUUGUGAUGAUUUAUUCCAUCAAAGCUCUCCUCAUACUCCUGAAUUCUCAGGUGGCUCAUGAAAUUACUGUCAAAGACAUAUCAGAAAUAAAGACACAUACAUUUGUCAAUGCGAAAGUUGGACAAACAGGAAAGGUAAUCAAAAUAACAACACUCUGAUGGACAAGGAUGCAAGUGAAUUCCAGUGAGACAAUAGUUGAUAUUAAGAUUAUAUUUAGAUGUUGCAAUGUUGUUGGUGUUUUAAGGAGGCCUUAAUGAACUGUGGAACAAUGUAAUCUUUGACUGACAGUAUAAUACACAUCACACUCAGUGCAACUGUCGAUCAAAGUCUAUGGAAAAAAACAAGUGCUAAUCAUGAGUCAAAUUAACCAUGCAAAACAGCUUUUUGUUGACGUUAAUGUUGUACUAGCAUGCAAUUUAAAUGGGUGCAUGUGCUCUGUGGUUGACAGUAAAACCAUAAAGUACCAUUCUACAAACCCCCAUGUUAAAAAUCUUCUGCAAAAUGACAGCAAUCAUCAAUGUGGAAUACAGCACUGUACAUAUAGAAUGGACACAGACCGACUGUGGUAAAUAUGUGUUUGCUGUCAUGCUAUUUUGAAUAUGUCUGUUAAUGGUUCCAAAAGCCUGAGAGGAUGACAGCUAAGGAUUCUGGGUACCAUGAAACUACUAAUUUACCUCAUAUCUUGAAAGACAUCUGGGGUAUCGUUAUACUGGAAUUGAGAAGAGAAGUUCCAGUUAUGCCUGUAUAGUGUGUAUACUGUAUACAGUAUCUAUGUAGCUUAAAAAAAAAAGAUUUAUGCCGCCUUUGUUGAGUGUAUGAAAUUAUGCAUAAUUAUGUAGGCUUUGUUCACAUAGCAGCAGAGUUCAGUUGUCAGUCCAGUUUGGGGUAUGAAAUGUGGUAAUGUUCACACACAUAUUGAUUAGUUUGGAGACAGAUAACCUCAUUCUUAACCAAUGUGUUUCCUGAAACUUGCACUUGUCAACUAGUUUUCUGUCACGUAAAUGCCAAACAUAUGGCAUAGGGCACUUGCGUCACAAGAUUUUCUUCACUUUCACUCCAGUGAGUAAUGUUGGGGCUAUCAACCUCUCUUCAUCCCUAUUCGGAUGUGAUUGAUUUUAUAUGGGAACGCAGGAUAACGUAAUAAUUAGCAGAUCUUCUCUGUGAUUUUAAUCUUGUGCAAAUCGUUCAAAUCAGUAAUUACAGCAUCAUAAAAUUACAGUGUCUUUUACCUGCUAUAAACUACCAAGUAAAAAUACCCCCCGGUUACACUAAUCCCAUGUUUAUUGAUAUAAGGGUAAAUCUCCUGUGAGAAUGGAGUUGUCCUGGUAUUUUUGCACUGCUGUAAGUUCAGAGGCACUGCUGGAUGACAUUUUUUACUUUGUACCUGAAUUAAAUCAUGUGGUAGUAUCACGUGUAAAUGCAGAGACCGAAGAUACAAUAUGAAAACAUUAAGAAAACACAAACCACUUAUCAGAGGAUUAUGGCUUGUGACAACUUGAAGUAAGAUUUAUUUAGCUGUAGCUAGCCCAGCCUAGUAUAUGCAUCUCCCAAUACAAAAGUUACCCAUAAUGCUAAUAUUUAAUCCCCUAAUUACUGCAAAAGUAUUCAGCUAAAUAAAUGGAAGCGCAGUGUAGUUCUAGCGGGAAGACUAGCAGCUGUACAUCAUCACAUCAUUAGCUGGGUAAUUCCUAGCCAAUCACAUGUAAGCCAUUGCUUUAUAAGUCUGCACACAAUCUAUCACAUUGCUGUUUCGGUGUGCUAACACGGCAACCUCCACCACCCCACCACCACCAGUUGAGCCCUGUCCCGCACGGGGCUAGGCUCCUCGCCCCUGCCUCCUAUCUCCGGCAGGACAUGACGGUUCCGGGUACAACUCCCUCGGACCGCCGGACGGGGCCUACGCCAAAGAGAGAGACAUUUCUUUCUGUUUUACAUUUAUCAAAUAAAUGGCAUCUUAAACUUCACUCAAGCCUACAUGUCUAGAAAUGCUGUGAUCGAUCAGUUUAGAUUUAAAUAAACUGUUCACCCAAAAAUAAAUGGAAUUAAUUCACGCAUCGUUUACUCACCUAUGUGCCGUCUCAAUCUCAUAUGACUUUUGUUCUUUUGCAGAACAAAAACAAAUAUUUUUUUAUGGAUAUAUAAUGUUUGCUUGUGAAUAUAAUGCAAGUCAAUGUGGACCAACAUUUUAAAGCUCCAAAAAGGACAUAAAUGCAGCAUAAAUUAAUCCACACAACUCAAAUUAUUUAAUGUAUGUCCUCUAAAGAGAUAUGAUUCAUUUUGUGUGAGAAUAGACCAAAAUGUAGCAAUUUUUUUUACUAUAAUUACAAUUUCUUUAGCGCACUCAUGACACAAGCUUGAGUGCUGUGCUGUGUUGGUUGUUGUUGCAUCACAUUUGUCACUUAGUACCAUUCAAAGAAAAAGAUUACAGCACUUUACAAUAAGGAUGUAUUUGCUAACAUUAGUAAAUGUAUUAGGUAUCAUUAACUAACAAUAUAACAAUAUACUAACUAAAUUACAAUAUAAAAAUGCUGCACGAUGCAUUAGUUCUUGAUGUGUUUAAUCCCAGUGUUCUCCUGUAUUCUUUGUCAGUGUGAGUUUCUGUUCUAGUUAUUGUCUCCUCUGAGCCUUGUUUUCUUUUUGUUUCACCUUUUCUUUAAUUAACUUAAUUAACUUUCACAAGUGAAUUUGUCAAUCAGUUCGAGAUUUAUUAUGAGGGAUUGUUUAAGGACCCGUCAAUAAACACCAGCGUCAGACAUGCUUGUGUAGCAUCUUGGGAGUGUUGCGUCAUAAACAUAAAAUGUUUAGAUCACUGUGUCAAGUUAAAUAUAGUUUAAUACUCAAUCUUUAAACACAUCUUGA